AUGUCCGGCGAGAAGAUCCUCGAGGGCGUCUUCGCCGUCCACAAGCCGCAAGGCGUCACCUCCGCCGACGUGAUCCGCACUCUCCAACACCACUUCAACCCGUCCAAGCUCUUCAGGCCAUGGCUUGAGGAAGAGCGCGCCCGUCGCGACCGGGAGAACGCCAACCAACGCAAGCGCCGCCGCUCGAAACGGGUCGAGGUCAAGAUCGGUCACGGCGGAACACUAGACCCGCUGGCGACAGGCGUGCUCAUCGCGGGCGUGGGCAAGGGUACCAAGUCUCUCAAUGGCUUUCUAGGAUGCACCAAAAGCUACGAGACCGUCGUGCUUUUCGGCGCCGAGACCGACACCUACGACCGGCUAGGGAAAAUCGUGCGCCGCGGCCCGUCCGAACACAUCACACGCGAAGCCGUGGAGAAGGCGCUGGAUCAAUUCCGCGGGAAGAUCAUGCAGCGGCCACCGAUCUUCUCGGCGCUGCGCAUCGAUGGGAAAAGACUCUACGAAUAUGCGCGCGAGGGCAAGAUGCCGCCGGUUGAGAUCCAGAGCCGGCCUGUGGAGGUACUAAACCUGGAUGUCGUGGAGUGGUAUGAGCCUGGCUCGCAUGACUAUAAGUGGCCCGAAGAGGAAAUGGCCGGCGAAGAGAAGAAGGUCGCCGAGAAACUCCUCGACAAAGACGCUGAAUUGCCCAUUGCCCCGUCGGCGGACGCCGACGCCGACGCGCCCUCAAGUGCCAAACGAAAGUCGCCGCCUCCCACAGAAGAAUCUCAAAAAGACACCACCGAGACUGCCAAAAAGCAAAAGGUAUCCGAGACCGAAGCUGCCCAACCAGCUUCGUCUGAACCUAGUGCCCCCGAAUCGGCAAGCACGGACGCUCCUACAACCCAGACCGAGCAGCCGCAUUCCCAACCCCCAGCCGUCAAGAUUAAGAUGACCGUCUCGUCGGGCUUCUAUGUUCGCUCGCUGGCGCACGAUCUUGGCAAAGCAGUCGGCAGCUGUGGUUUGAUGAGUGAGCUAGUAAGAAGCCGCCAGGCAGAGUAUGAGCUGGGGCCGGACAAGGUCCUGGAAUAUAAGGAUCUGGAGGCCGGCGAAGAGGUCUGGGGCCCCAAGGUGCAGCAGUUCCUGGAAGAAUGGGAGAAAAGGAGGGCCGUCAAGGCAGAGGCAGAGGCAGAAGCAGAAGCUCAGCAGUAG